GACUGUAUCCAUAAGACACACAGCGCAGACAGACAACUGCUACAGUGCAUCACUUUCAACAGCCGUCUCUGAACCAGAAGCUUCCUUUCAGCCUUCAUUCCCGUGCAACCAUACCUGACACAUCACUCAUAACAUGGGGAACACCAGCACUGCAUGCCAGAUGAGCAACCACAGCAAAAGGAACGUGCGAGUAUUCAUCAUGGAGCAGGCUAAGGAGAUUGAUGCUUUCAUCACCUCCCAGACAGCCGAUCAUGAAAGCUCGUCCGUGCUUCCUGGGGAUGUAAAGUUCAGCUUCAGGAAAGACAUCAGUUGUGUUCGAGUGCUGGUCUCUCAGACUCAGGAAGUGCCCUGGGAGCCACAGCGCUUUCUGUCUGUCUUCGUGGAGGAUGAAGAUGAUGAAAACAUUUGUUCCAAACAGAUCAUACACAACAUGGCGCUGAGUGCUCCGAUCACUGUUCUUCUCUAUGAUGUGUGAAAUCGCACCUUUAUCCAUCCCUUCAUGUCUGUCUGUCUGUACUCAAGCAGAUCAAGACAAAGUAGUUCUGUUUGUAGAAAGUCACAUUCAUACUGUUAACAUGUCUCUUGUGACACUUUAAAUAAACAUUCCUAUCAGCUUUUUUUUGCCUUUGCAUCAUCAUUACAAAGUCAAAUGAGAUUACGUUAUUAAUCGGUGUGGGUCUGGUUGCGUGACUGUGAUCAUCUGCCUCAGUCCAGGUCUCAGGACCGUUGCUAAACUGUGAAGGCUUUAUGCUGUGAGUGGACUGUGCUAAAUUAAAUGUCAUGGUCGUGGUUGAGGUCAUCAACCACAUGGUUGAUGUGAAAAAGAGAAAUUGCAAACACGUCACUUGGUGGCUUAGUUAACAUAUUUAUUUGCUAUAAAAGUCAAGAGUUAUGGAAGUUUUAAAGAAUACAGCGCUGUGCAGAACAAGUGUGAAAACAACUGAUAUGUCGGCAUCUGUGUGUUUCUAUGUCACCCAUGGGCUGUGCCUGUGUCUGGGCCUGCUCUGUGUGCUGUUUGUGAGCUGCUGGUGCUCACAGUGGAGAGGCGGGUUCGCUUGGGAUGGUUCAGGCCAGCAGUUCAACUGGCAUCCCGUCCUCAUGGUGUCUGGCCUGGUGGUUGUGUAUGGCGUUGCGGCUGUGAUGUAUCGUGUACCGUUCACCUGGAAGCAGAGGAAGUACACCUGGAAACUGGUACAUGCUGGGCUAAUGAUUCUGGCUCUUCUUCUGUCCAUCUUGGGCUUGUGUGCUGUGUUUGACUUCCACAGAGCUGCUAAAAUCCCUGAUCUGUACUCUCUGCACAGCUGGGUGGGCAUCUGCACUGUCGUCAUGUUUGCAUUUCAGUGGGUCCUUGGCUUGGUCGGCUUUUUGUUGCCUUGUUCUCCUCUAUGGUUCCGUGCCAUACUAAAACCUGUCCAUGUUUGGCUGGGGCAAGCAGUCUUAAUCCUGACCCUGACCUCCUGCAUCAGUGGGAUCAAUGAGAAACUGUUCUUUUCUCUUAAAGGAGCCACCGGAGACGCUUAUGAUUCACUGCCUGUGGAAGCCAUGUUUGCAAAUUUUCUUGGGAUUAUCAUUGUUGCUUUUGGUAUGGUUGUCUUUGCAAUCUUAUCCAAUAACCAGUGGCAACGCCCGGAAACAAAUACAAGUGCUUAUCCUCUACUCGGUCAACAUGAAGAUAAAGAGCAGGCACAAGGAACCUGAAGUUAUAAUAUGCUCUGCAUAACCAUGUGAAAACUUCUGCAGAAUCGGUGUUUACAGAGGACAAUAUAACUUACUGCUGUUCAAAAUUUGACUGUUAAUUUUGCAAGCUGAUAUUAUAGUAGUUGUAUAAAUCAA